CCAAACUCCGCGGGAGGUGAAGCCGCUCUACUUCCUGUCUGUGGUUGCGCGAGGCGGUCGAGUGGAGGGAUGUAAAGAUGGCGGAGCUGCAGAUGCUGCUGGAGGAGGAAAUCCCAGCGGGUCGCAGAGCGUUACUGGACAGUUUCACCAACCUCGAAAGAGUCGCCGAAUACUGCGAGAGUAACUAUGUACAGUCUCCAGACAAGCACGUCGCUCUAGAGGAAACCAAGAACUACACCACUCAGUCCCUGGCCAGCGUGGCAUACCUCAUCAACACGCUCGCCAACAAUGUGCUCCAAAUGCUGGACAUCCAGGCGUCCCAGCUGCGCAGAAUGGAGUCCUCCAUCAACCACAUCUCUCAGACGGUGGACAUCCACAAAGAAAAAGUGGCGAGGCGGGAGAUCGGCAUCCUCACAACCAAUAAGAACACCUCCCGCACUCAUAAAAUCAUUGCUCCAGCCAAUCCCGAGAGGCCAGUGCGUUACAUUCGCAAACCUAUGGAUUACAGCUCGCUGGAUGAUAUCGGUCAUGGUGUGAAGUGGUUACUUAGGUUUAAGGCCAACACCCAGAACAUGAAGAUGGGCAGCCUUCUUCGCACCACACCUCCUACACAGAAACCACCCAGCCCCCCAAUGCCAGGCAAAGGCACCAUAGGGAGGCACUCCCCCUACAGAACGCUUGAGCCAGUCCGGCCUCCGGUGGUACCUAACGACUAUGUCCCAAGCCCCACACGCAAUAUGGCUCCCGUUCUGCAGCAAAGUCCUGUGCGCACAGCAUCUGUUAAUCAGAGGAACCGCACUUACAGCAGUGGGAGCAGUGGCAGCAGUCAUCCCAGCAGUCACAGCAGCAGUCGUGAAAACAGCGGCAGCGGCAGUGUGGGUGUUCCCAUCGCUGUGCCCACACCCUCUCCACCCAGCGCCUUCCCAGCUGCUACUAUCAGCACACCCUCGGCUCCAACUAACUCCACUCAGCCUUCUGUCACUUCCUCUAAUUUAACCCCCACACAACCCUUAGCCAACCCCACCUCAAUCCCUGAACCUCUUCCAUCUCACCCCGACUCCACUGUGAGCUUUCUGACCCCAGAUAAAGGCUCUCCUCCCCCUCAGCCACCCCUCGGUUCAGCUGAAGCUAGUGCUACAUCCAACACCAACUCUGGGACAGGUGGCCCUCAGUUCUACAGCAUGAACAGGCCCGUCCCCAGACAGAUCACACCCACAGUGGGAGGUUCGCUGCCAUAUCGCCGGCCGGCCUCAAUCACGGGUCAGACUUCCAUGCCCCCCAGCCAGCUGAAUGGAGGGCCCUAUUACGAUCAGAACCAAGCCUCAGUGGCCCCCCCUCCCCCCUCCGUACUGCAGAUCACACCCCAGCUUCCACUGACGGGUUUUGUGGCUCGUGUACAGGAAACCAUUUCAGAUGAACCUCCUGCACUUCCUCCACCUCCCCCUUCAGAAGAGCCGGUGUUUGAGGAGAUCCAGAACCCGGUUCCACCUCCAGAAGACUAUGAGGAAGAGUCGUCUUCUGUGGUGGAGUACAGUGACCCUUACGCUGAAGAAGACCCACCCUGGGCUCCGCAAACUUACCUGGAGAAAGUGGUGGCAAUCUAUGACUACACGCGAGACAAGGAAGAUGAAUUGUCUUUCCAGGAGGGGGCCAUCAUCUAUGUCAUUAAAAAGAAUGAUGAUGGCUGGUAUGAAGGUGUGAUGAGUGCCACUGCAGGACUCUUCCCUGGAAACUAUGUGGAGUCCAUCAUGCACUACACGGAGUGAGAGUGUCUUCUGUCUCUCCCCCAACGCUCAACGCCCACCAGUGCUAAUCUUAGACUGUAGAAGAGUGCAUGUGUGCAUACAAACCAUGCUAAUGACAGGGCGUGAGUCAUGAGGAAGCAAUAUGAAGCUGAACUUCCAGAUGUUGCAGACCAGACUUUUGCACCAAGGACCGAGAAAACACUUAGAGAAAUAAAAUUAUAUUAAUAAAAGCCAAUAAUAUGUUUACUGUUACCUUAACUGAAGGACAGAGAGUUUGAAGUACAGGAUAUGCAUAAGCUAGAUUUAGAGUGGGAACAUUUGUUUUCAUUUUUCCAUAUUUCAUAAUUUUUGCUUAUUCCACAGUGUUUUGGAAGGCAGCACGGGGGCUGACUGAUGUCUCUGAAAUAGAUUUAUUUUCUGAACGGCCUGAGGUGGGUUCAGGGUGGGUUUUACAGUGAGGUCACAUUCAAAAAGGGAAUUCACUACAAGCAUAUUGUAUUUUGAGGACAAGGAAAGUAUGGAACUGAACAGAAAGAUUGAAUAUAGAGAAGAAGCUUUCUAUUUAUUACAUGCGAGAGUUUUUUCAUUUGUGUCUCUGUAAAGUGUUUUGAUUGUUUGAGUAAUUGUAGGAGUUAUUCUGUCCCAUCUAAUUAAAAUCUGUUUCAGCCGGAUUGGAAAUAUUUGCACAAACAUGCAUAAUUGAUGGUUUUUGCACAGGGUCAGACUUAUUUACACCUUGAUUUUACUUUUUACAUCAUUAAAUAUGUUUUGUAUGUAUAUGAACUUCUUUUUUUUUCUUUUUUUUUAAUGAGAAACACCAUCUUCGACCCACAUGCAUUACUAGACCUCAUGAACUUUACAUUUUUGAUUUACAUUUAAAUAUUGUGUUGUGAUGCUAACCAAUUGGUAAAUAUUUGAUAAGUAUAUGUAAUGCUUCAUAGACUGCAUGCUUAAUAAAAACAAUCCUUAUUUUCA